UUGUUUAGUCACAGUCACCUGACGAGCAGUUUGUGUAUAACUCAGCUGACGCAUUGCAGCAGGAACGAGCUACGCACUACGAACAGGCAGAGAUAAGAUUAUCUUCCAGAAAUACACGAAAAAAAGAUGAUUUUUAUCCUUCCGCUUCUGUUAAUCUCCACAGCUGUGGCUUCUCCUUUGGGGAAGGAGCAGUGUGCGAAGGGCCCCCCCUACUGGUGCCAGAAUGUCAAGACGGCCUCUCAGUGUGGGGCUGUGACCCACUGCCAGCAAAACAUCUGGAACAAGCCAACUGCAAAAUCUGUGCCAUGUGACUUGUGCAAGGAAGUCCUCAGUGUUGUUGGCAACCUGCUGAAGGACAAUGCGACAGAGGCGGAGAUCCUGGGCUACCUGGAGAAGGCAUGUCAGCUGAUCCCAGACAAGGGUGUGUCCGAUGAGUGCAAGGAUAUGGUGGACAACUACUUUCCCAUUGUCAUGGGCAUCGUCAAGGGAGAGCUGGAGGACCCGAAUGUAGCCUGCUGUGCCCUGGGCCUGUGUAAAUCCUUGCAGCAGCAGUUGGGCGCUGCUGCCGCCGCUGCCCAGCAAUUCCUGUCCAACGAGAUUCCUGAGGUUGACCUCUCAAAGGUGGUGUCCCCCUUCAUCGCUAACAUCCCCCUGCUGCUGUACCCCCAGGGCAAAACUGAGGAGGCCCCCCCUGCGGAGGAUGGAGACGUGUGCAAAGACUGCGUGUCGCUGGUUUCCGAUGCUCAGGCAGAGGCCAAGGCCAACUCCUCAUUUGUGAAUAAGAUCGUCGAACAGAUCAAGGAGCAGUGUGACCUGCUGGGGUCUGGCAUGGCUGAUCUGUGCAAGGAGUAUGUCAGCCAGUAUGCUCCACUUAUUAUCCAGCAGUUGAUGUCCAUGAAACCACAAGAUAUCUGUGCCAGGGCUGGGUUCUGUGCCUCCUCUGUGAAGUCUGUGCCCAUGCAGACUCUCGUUGCUGCUAAGCUGUUCCCAGCUGCCAAGGUUGUCCCAGCCGCUAAGGUUGUCCCAGCCGCUAAGGUUGUCCCAGCUACCAAGAUCUCUGCGCCUGCCAAGAAUCUGGUGAAGGUCCGUGAUUCCCCACAGUGCGCUGUCUGUGAGUAUGUCAUGAAGGAGAUCGAGAGCAUGGUGGAGCAGGAGAAGACUGAGGAGUCGGUAAUCCACGCUGUAGAGAAGGUCUGCUCCAUCCUGCCCGCCACCCUCUCUGCCCAGUGCCGCGACCUUAUCGAAUCCUACGGCCAGGCCAUCAUCGAGCUGCUGAUGCAGCAGGCUGACCCCAAGACCAUCUGCACUGUGCUGGGGCUCUGCAAGGAUGCCAGUCGCCUCUAUAUCCCGGCAAUGGACCAGGCUCGCUUCAAGGCAGGAGAUUUUUGCCAGGUGUGCAAGAUGGCAGUAAGCUAUAUUGAUGGGAUCCUGCAGAAGAAUGCCACGGAGGCAGAGAUCGAGGCUGCUGUGCAGAAAGUGUGCAGCUUCCUGCCUGCAGCCAUGCAAGAGGAGUGUGACCAGUUGGUGGAGCAGUAUGAGCCGAUGCUUGUUCAGCUCUUGCUGCAGAUGCUGGAUCCUGACUUUGUCUGCACUAAACUGAGAGCCUGCGCAAGUGCAGCUAAACCCAACCUGCUGGGAAGCGAACAGUGCAGUUGGGGACCGUCCUUCUGGUGCAAGAACAUGGACACUGCCUCCCGCUGCAAUGCUGUUGAACACUGCAGGCGCCAUGUGUGGAACUAAAGAAAAAAAAACGAAUGAACACAACUUGGAGGAAUUUCUCCUUUUUUAUUAGAUUCAAAAUGACAAUGUAUUGUUUAGUUUUAAUUUUCUUGUUCUUGUUUUCAAGAGAAUCAGGCUUUUGUGUUUAGCUUAUAACUUAGCUGUGCAAGAAUACCAUGCUAACAUGGGAGCUGUCCCUCAUUUUUGGGUGAGGGAAGGAAUGUGAUCUCUGUAGAUUUGUGUGUUUCUCUAGAAGGGAAGAGGGGUGGCUUGUACUGUAACUAGUAACUGUUUCUCCAUUUAGAUGCACUGGGUGAAUACAGGGAAGGAAAUGGGAGAUUUGAAUGCAUAGAUAGGAAUUGGUUGGGGGCCCUUGAACCUGAGCACUGACAUUAGCCUAUUCUACUUUUAGGUUGUGGGUAUAUUUCUGAUGGCUUUUAAAUGUUUCUGUUCCAACACUGGAUGGCCAAGGCCAGAGUGUCCCAUUAUAUAGGCAUAUCUAUAUGUGUGUGUGAAGAGAUUGGGUGGUAAUGAUUUAUCAAUAUGCUCCUCCAAAGGUUAGGGUGCAAGAAUCUGACUAUCCCUGAGUGAACCAAGAACUACAUUAUUAUUGUGACCACAGAGCUUGAGCUGCUUUCUGUGAAACGGUAUGACUCCAUCCCUGUUCCAAUUCAUUAUUUUACAAGGAAUUUCCCAUCCUUUUUACAUAUAGACAGGCAGUGUGUAGGCAUAGGUACAAGUGAUUUGCUAACCUGAUGUACACAAAGUGUUUGAGAGAUUGUUGGACAUGUAAGUAAAUUAUUUUCAGGCAUUCUGAUUGGCUAGCUGAGAUUGACUCGUGAAAGGCCUUUGCUGCUGUGUAAUUUUUUUUGUUUUUUUGGGGCAACCACCAAAUUGAAGGACCCAUAGUUGCUAGGGAACUGCAUUUUGAGGCAAAUGGUGAAACAGGUGUCUUUAAAAUCAUAAGGAUAACUUGAAGCUGAAUUAUUUUCCUAAUACAAGCUUUCUAUUCAUUUUUUUUUUGGCAGUAAUUUUGUUUGUUGCACAUACUGAUUUGUGUUGGUUUUUAGUGAGCUAAAGUGAAUCUUUCCUGAUCCUAGGCAUCAGGGCGUCGUAAUGGCAUGCCAGUGUCAAUGUGUGAUCCGGUUCAUACCUGCAGAUUUGUAAUAAAUUAAUAAAUAAAUAAAUAAAGCCUU